UCUUCACGUCCUUUCUCAUACUUCAAAUACGUUGCACUCCCAAUCCCAAGUGAUCAAGAACAAAAUUAAAUUUUCUAAAUUACAAGCAAAUCAAAGCUCAUCGAAGUAUAGCUAUGGCAUUGGCAUCAGACAAGUUCGUCCUCUCCGCCAUCGUGCUCGCCGUCCUCACCGUCGCGGCAGCGGCGGCGGGCUACGGCGGCUACGGCGACGUCGGCGAGUACUGCCGCGUGGGGAAGGCGGUGUCCCGGAACCCGGUCCCAUCGUGCCGGAACUACAUCGCGCGGUGGUGCGCCGUCGCCGGGGGCCGCCUGGACUCCGGCAAGCAGCCGCCGCGGCAGCUCCUGGAGCCGUGCUGCCGGGAGCUCGCCGCAGUGCCGAUGCAGUGCCGGUGCGACGCGUUGAGCGUGCUGGUGCGUGGCGUGGUCACGGAGGAGGGCGACCGCGUCGCCGGGAUGAUCUCGCAGCACGCGGCGCCCGGGUGCGACGCCGCGACGAUCGCCGGGAUGGCGAGCGCGCUGACGGACUACGGCCGGUGCAACCUGCAGCACACUGGUUUCUUUGGCUGCCCCAUGUUUGGGGGUGGCAUGGAUUAACUUCCUUAGUAAUUAAUUAAUUAGGCCUUUGCUUAAUUAAUUAUUUAAUUAGUUAUCCGGGUUACUGGAUAAUUAAUUAUCGAUAUUUGCUAGUAGCAUCUAUCAUGUUUGGAUGCUGCUUUCUCCGUGAAUGUGAUGAUAAUAAUAAUCAGAAGAAAUAAAUAAGAAGAGUUGGAUUCAUCAGCUUUCCAGUAUCA